CUGGUUUUGUUUUUGCUCCGUUUGGAUCCGUUUCUCUCGCCGGUACAGACAUCCAGUUCACUUAUAUUUGCUCAGAUAAGUCACUGCAACUUCCAGGAAGGUCGUUCAGAGUGUUUGGAUACAUCUGAUCAGGAGUUCCGGACCUUAUUUGGCUUUUCUCCAUCUUUUUCCUUCCCUUCCAGCGCAUUCUCGGCUCGCCUGCGGUCUUCCAGAGAGGUGCAGCCGAUCCCGGGCCUCCGAUCCAGGGCGGAGGGAGGGGAGGAGGUCGCUGGGCUGCCGGGGGAUGGAGGGGGAAGACGGUGCUGGUGGGGCUUGCAGGCCCGGGCUGGGCUGCGCCUCCUUCAACCAGGACUCCACGUCUUUGGCUGUGGGCACCAAAACCGGAUACAGGCUGUUCUCAGUGACCGCUGUGGACAGACUGGAGUGUAUCCAUGAGAGUGAAAGUCCAGACGUUUAUAUCGUGGAGCGGCUGUUCUCCAGCAGUCUGGUGGUGGUGGUGAGCCAGGCCAUGCCUCGCCGCAUGAAUGUCUACCACUUUAAGAAAGGCACCGAAAUCUGUAACUACAGCUACUCAAACACCAUCCUCGCCGUGCGCCUCAACCGACAGAGGUUGGUUGUUUGUCUGGAAGAAUCCAUCUACAUCCACAACAUAAAGGACAUGAAGCUUCUAAAGACUCUUCUGAACACACCACCAAACCCCUCAGGUCUCUGUGCUCUCUCCAUUAACCAUUCCAACUCGUACCUGGCAUAUCCUGGCAGCGCCACCAUCGGAGAAAUCAUUGUCUAUGACGCCAACAAUCUGAACACGGUCACCAUGAUCCCCGCACACGACAGCCCACUAGCAGCCAUCACCUUUAACGCCUCAGGAACCAAACUCGCCAGCGCCUCCGAGAGGGGCACUGUGAUUCGAGUGUUCUCCAUUCCCGAAGGGCUGCGUCUGUUUGAAUUUCGCAGAGGAAUGAAGAGGUAUGUGAACAUUAGCUCCCUGUCCUUCAGCCCUGAUGCUCAGUUCCUGUGCGCCUCCAGCAACACAGAGACAGUGCACAUCUUCAAACUGGAGCAGCACGGCCCGAGUGGUGAGGAGGAAACCCCUACCUGGUCGGCAUAUGUGGGAAAGAUGUUCACAGCGGCCAGCAGCUACCUCCCAUCACAGGUUUCCGGAAUGAUGAGUCAGGACCGAGCAUUCGCCACAGUCCGCCUGCACACAGCUGGACAGAAAAACGUCUGUACACUUGCAACAAUCCAAAAGCUUCCACGACUGCUUGUGGCCUCGUCUGACGAGCAGCUCUUUAUCUAUAACAUCGACCCUCAGGACGGGGGUGAAUGCACACUGGUCCAGAUGCACAGGUUGUUGGUGUCAGAUGAGGAGAGAGAGGAGGCUGCUGUUUCUGAGGGUCCGGGUGUUCCACAGUCCUAUGCUGCCACUGCCGCCAUCCCCACAUCUGCACCCGUAUCUGCCACUCUAACAGGUUACUCUGAGGACGGCGGCGUCAGUAGGGGCGAGGUGAUUCCAGAGCACGAGUUUGCAGCUGGACCCGUUUGUCUGGACGACGAAACGGAGUUUCCUCCAAUAAAUCGGUGUCGUGACGGAUCUCGGCGGGACAAAAGCAGACGUCCGUGAGGGGAAUCUACAGUCGCAGCGGGACGAUCCUCAGUGCAUGGCCAGGACUAAUUAACUCAUUUCAGGGUGCUAAUAUCAUAAACGAAGUGUUCAAAAGUACGAUGUGGACAGGUCAGGGCUUUCUGGGCCGUUGUUGCUCAGACCCUGAAGGGGUGUGUUAUACGAGAAACCUGCAGGUGCAUGACUGAAACAUAGCCACAUUUGUAAUAGCUACAUACAUGACCAAAAUUUUAUUAACAUAUAAUACUGUAGCAUAUUUGUUAUUGUUAUUUUAUUUUAUUAUUUUAUCUCUAACAUCCUCAUAUCCAAAACGAAAAAAAAAAAAGGAAUUACUGUUUUUUUUAAUAUGUGUAUUUGCUGUAUUAAUACCUAAUACAUGUUUACAUGUGGUCAUCCUGAACACUAAUAUUCCAGGAUGGUUUGUAUGUAUGUGCCUAUGAUUUUAUUUGUAAGAGUGCAAAGUAUUUUGCUGGAUUGCUGGAAGACCAAAUGAAAAAAAAAAAUAUGUAGAAAAUAGGAAUGAAAUUAUGCAAAGCA